GUGUAAUUGGCUGUCCCCGCUGUCCCUCCAUGAGCGCCUGGAGCUAGUUAGCUAGUUAGCCCCACAAUACACAGUGCGUGUAUACUCGUAGUUGGCCAGAGUCCGCGUGUUUAUCUGCCACUGCCGAGGAGAGUCCGAGCCCAGCUUGGACAACAGCGAGGCCCCAUCAUCGUCCUGAGAAAUUCUUCUUUCAGACAUCUUGCGGCUACGAAAGGGGAGACUAAACUGCAGCCUGGAGUCUGGGACUGAAGAGCGGGAAGUUGACAGCUGAAGAGCUUGAGCAGUAAAUGAGAAGGAUGGGGGAGUCUCGGCUCAUCGUGGAGGAGCUGCUAGCGCUCUGUCUCCAGCGAAUCACAAUGGAGGAAAAUGCUAUGACCACUGAGCUUGAGUUUGUUGAGGUGGUGAAAAACUUGGAGAGCUUCCGGAAGAAGUGGCUGCACACUGAGUUGGAGCUGAAGAAGUACAAGGAGCUGCUGGUCAAGUCGGAUGUUGCCAAAGCUGCCCUGGAGGUCAAACUCAAACACGCUCGCAACCAGCUUGACUUGGAAAUGAAAAAACGCCACAAGAUAGAAAGCGACUAUGAUUACCUGCAGCGGCAGAUGCAGCUGAUGUGCGACAUCCUGGUGCACGACAGCAAAUCCAGCGCGUGUUUGAACGACGAACAGAAAUCUCUCUUGGCCACGUUUGACCACAAAGGAACGAAUAGGACUUUGCACCGCAGCAGCAAACGGCUGUCUGCAAUAGACGAGUCAACGUUCUUGUCGGACAUCAGCUACGAUCGGACGGAUGACGAUGUGGACCUGGACACAACUGUGAUUAAACCUCUGAGGUCCCGGGCCGGAGAGCGGAGGCGCUCGUCCAUGGCUCUUACUGUUACUGCACCGGCGGGAAAGCGAGGGCGAGGCGGGAAUAUUUCUGCAGAGCUACCGGAACGGAAAACUGUGGAGAAGCAGGUGGAGACCAUUGUCAAGGAGUCGGAGGAGAGCCCUGACACCGGAGGUCACGUUCACAUGGUGGGUGGCAUCACGCAAGAGAAAACAGAAGACCCUACGCUGGACUCUGCUGUUCCUGACACCGGAGGAGACCAAACGUCUGUGUGGUUCCCGUGCGACCCGAAUGAAUCUCAAGUGCAGACGGAGCCGAUUAGAACGGAAAAAUCCCUGAAACACGUUUUUGUCUCUAAAACGGUGAUCCGACCUGAGAUGUGCCUGCCUUGUGGGAAACGAAUCCGCUUUGGCAAGAUGGCGCUUAAGUGCCGAAACUGCCGCGCUGUCGCUCAUCCAGAGUGCAAACAGAAAUGUACCAAAGUUUGCUCCGGCAACGCAGGAGCAACCUCAGGAAGCGAAACGGGAAACACUGCCUCACUGGAGGGCUUCGCUCCUACGAAACAUCCCAGAGUUCCACCGCUCAUCGUCGAGUGUGUGAAGGAGAUCGAGAGACGGGGCCUGCAGGAGCGAGGCAUCUACAGAGUUCCUGGUGGCGAGCGCCAGGUGAAGGAGCUGCGCGAUCGCUUCCUGGGCGGUAAAACGCCGCUUCAGCUCGGUAAAGUUUCGGACAUCCAUGUGGUUUGCGGCGUCCUCAAAGACUUCCUGAGGAAGCUCAAAGAACCGCUGGUCACCUUCCGGCUCCACUGCAACUUCAUGGAAGCUUCGGAGAUGAACGACGAGCACAACCCUUGUGCCGCCAUGUUGCAGGUCAUCGCGGAGCUGCCCAAGCCCAACCGAGACACGCUGGCCUUCCUGAUGCUUCAUUUCCACAAGGUGAUGCAGAGUCCUCAGUGUCAGAUGGACCAGAAUAAUUUAUCCCGGGUGUUUGGACCAACCCUGGUGGGACACGGUACGUCUGAACCGUCGCCGUUAACCAUCGUGCAGGAUACAAACACUCAGGCCAAGGUUGUUUGUCGCUUGUUGUCGCUCCCAGAAGACUACUGGAGGCGUGUUCUAAGUGCCCCCACACCCUCCUCGCACAAAAACCCCAGCCAGGGCGAAGGAUACACUCGUUUCUUUAGGCCGCUAACUUCUCCCGAGCUGAGCAGCUACCACGCCAUGGCCAGCGCGGGGGCCUCCAGAGGUCGCGUCAGAAACUUGGGAAACGCUUUCAUCGGCGGGCGUGGCGAGGCAGGGAAGAGGUUCUUCACGUCGCCCAGCUGACACUUGACAUUUUUAAUUUAACAUCAGUCAAAAAAUGUAAUCAAAAUAAUCUGUUUUGUUGGUAAAAAUGAGAAAUUAUGUUGAAUAAAAUAUGAAACAAUAGUUUUUGUUUUUUUAAGUAAUUAAUUCCAGUCAGAUUUGUGGAUUCAAUUUGUUGAAAUGACAGAUGAUCAAUAUUGGCUUUUUACCGAUGUCCGAUAAACGGAUACUCACAGCAGCUCUUCCCUCAAACUAACAAACACGUGAUGCUUCUGUUGCCACAAAUAAACAGCAUUUGUGUAAAAUAAGACAAUAAUACCGUUCUCCAAUAUGCAAUA